AUGGCCGACUACCGCGACCUCUGGUCCCCCGCCAAAAUAUUCUCCCCAACCACCACGCGGCAGCAAUCCCAAUCCACAAAAGACUGGACCUACGCCGACCAAUGGCUGCGCACGCGCUACCACCCACGGCCCGUCCCACCCUUCGAGCGCACCCCCGACACACUGAAAGCCCUCCUCGCCCUCGCCGCCGCCAACGAAGCCGCCGAUGACGAGCGCGCCCUCGCGAAAAAGGUCAAGGAGCGCACCCUUGACGCACUGCAGAAGCGCGAUGCAGAGGCUGAGCAUCUUACGGCUGAGGGCGUCCGGGCGCUGAAUUCACUUGCACUGCUGGCGGUCGCGGUGGAUGCGGAGGGGACUGGGACGGUGGAGUUGGCAAACCAGCUGAUAACGCUCACGAAACACGAAUUCGCACUCACACAACAAUCACAGCACCUCCAGCACCUCCACACCCGUCUCGAGUCCGACCUCGCCACUCUCACCGCCUCCAUCACACGACUCACACACGGCGCCGAGUACCGCGUUCCCGCAGAGCUGGCUGCGCAGGUCGGUGAGUGGGGGCGUGCGACACGGCAUUUGGCCGGCAAGGUUGAUGACUACCGUGAGCGCCUCCAAGAUUCAGGAGGAGGGGGAGCAGGAGGUAAAGGGGGAGAGGGAACGACGGUGGAGGCGCUGAUCGAGUGCGAGAAGGAGGUGCUGGCGCUGAAGGAGCGGGUGCUGGAUUUGGAGGCGCGCGUGAAGGCGUUUCAGGGGCUGCCGCCGGAGAGGGAUUUGGCGAGGGUGGAGGUGGAGAGGGUUGAGAGGGAGCUGGCGGGGUUGGAGGAGAGGCGGGAGGCGUUGUAUGAUAAUAUGGUGGGGGGGUAG